GUUCAUUUGAAAUCAAUGGUUUCUUAGGGAUUAAAACAUGCAAAUAAGAGUAUUGUCCCCCUCACUUAUCGAGCUGACGACACCACUGACUUGCAAGCAAAAGAAAUAUAACUUCAAAAGUGUAUUGGAACUUUCUUGCUUUUAUGCCGGUAAUGGUGCUCCAUAUUUCAGUUCUUCUACUUGGAUGCUUGUUUAAAUGGAGCAGUUUCAUUUGUGUUUAUGGUUCAUCAUCAAGUUCAUCUUUAGAAUCAACUCUUAUUAUGAGAAACGUGAAUUCUUCAUCGACUAUUACCAUUUUACCAUCUUCAUCUGUUCAACCAACAAGUUUAUCCUCAGAAUCAAGCGUUAGUAACAGACUUACAGAUUCCCUGUCAUCUACUAUUUCACUGUCCUUAUCUGUUCAACCAUUAAGUUUAUCGUCAGAAGCAAAGGUUUCCAGCAGACUGAAUGAUUCUCUGUCGUCUACAACUUCACUGUAUUCAUCUGUUCAGCCAUCAAGUUUAUCGUCAGAAUCAAGCGUUACCAGCAGACUAACAGAUCCUCUGUCAUCUACUAUUCUACGGUAUUCAUCUGUUCAGCCAUCAAGUUUAUCGUCAGAAUCAAGCGUUACCAGCACACCUACAGAUUCUCUAUCAUCUACUACUAUACUGUAUUCAACUGUUCAACCAUCAAUUUCGUCCUCGGAAUCAAGCGUUACCAACAGACUAACAGAUUCUCUGUCAUCUACAAUUUCACUAUUUUCUGUCAUCUACUAUUUCACUGACCUCAUCUGUUCAGCCAUCAAGUUUAUCCCAGAAUCAAGCGUUAGCAACAGACUUACAGAUUCUCUAUCAUCUACAAUUUUACUGUAUUCAUCUGUUCAACCAUCAAGUUUAUCGUCAGAAUUAAGCGUUACCAGCAGACUUACAGACUCUCUGUCAUCUACAAUUUCACUGUAUUCAUCUGUUCAACCAUCAAGUUUGUCGUCAGAAUCAAGCGUUAAGAGCAGACUUACAGAUUCUCUGUCAUCUACAAUUUUACUGUAUUCAUCUGUUCAACCAUCAAGUUUAUCGUCAGAAUCAAGCGUUACCAGCAGACUUACAAAUUCUCUAUCAUCUACAAUUUUACUGUAUUCAUCUGUUCAAUCAUCAGGUUUAUCGUCAGAAUCAAGCGUUACAAGCAGACCUACAAAUUCUCUGUCAUAUACAAUUUCACUGUAUUCAUCUGUUCAGCAAUCAAGUUUAUCGUCGGAAUCAAGCGUUACCAGCAGACUUACAAAUUCUCUAUCAUCUACAAUUUUACUGUAUUCAUCUGUUCAAUCAUCAGGUUUAUCGUCAGAAUCAAGCGUUACAAGCAGACCUACAAAUUCUCUGUCAUAUACAAUUUCACUGUAUUCAUCUGUUCAGCAAUCAAGUUUAUCGUCGGAAUCAAGCGUUACCAUUAGACUUACAGACUCUCUGUCAUCUACUAUUUUACUGUAUUCAUCUGUUCAACCAUCAGUUUUGUCCUCGGAAUCAAGAGUUACCAGCAGAUUUACAGGUUCUCGGUCAUCUACAAUUUUACUGUCCUCAUCUGCUCAACCAUCAAGUUUAUCGUCAGAAUCAAGCGUUACCAGCAGACCUACAAAUUCUCUGUCAUCUACAAUUUCACUGUAUUCAUCUGUUCAGCCAUCAAGUUUAUCGUCAGAAUCAAGCGUUACCAGCAGACUUACAAAUUCUCUGUCAUCUACUAUUUUACUGUAUUCAUCUGUUCAGCCAUCAAGUUUAUCGUCAGAAUCAAGCGUUACCAGCAGACCUACAGAUUCGCUGUCAUCUUCUAUUUUACUGUCCUCUUCUGCUCAACCAUUAAGUUCAUCGUCAGAAUCAAGCGUUACCAGCAGACUUACAGAUUCUCUGUCAUCUACAAUUUCACUGUAUUCAUCUGUUCAGCCAUCAAGUUUAUCGUCAGAAUCAAGCGUUACCAGCAGACUUACAGUUUCUCUGUCAUCUACUAUUUCAGUGACCUCAUCUGCUCAACCAUCAAGUUUAUCGUCAGAAUCAAAGGUUACCAGCAGACUUACAGAUUAUCUGUCAUCUACAAAUUCACUGUAUUCAUCUGUUCAGCCAUCAAGUUUAUCGUCAGAAUCAAGCGUUAGCAACAGACCUACAGAUUCCCUGUCAUCUACUAUUUCACUGUCCUCAUCUGCUCAACCAUCAAGUUUAUCGUCAGAAUCAAGCGUUACCAGCAGACCUACAAAUUCUUUGUCAUAUAAAAUUUCACUGUAUUCAUCUGUUCAGCCAUCAAGCUUAUCGUCAGAAUCAAGGGUUACCAUCAGACUUACAGACUCUCUGUCAUCUACAUAUUCACUGUAUUCAUCUGUUCAACCAUCAAGUUCGUCCUCGGAAUCAAGCUUUACCAGCAGACUUACAGAUUCUCUGUCAUCUACAAUUUCAUUGUCGUCAUCUGUUCAACCAUCAAUUUUAUCGUCAGAAUCUAGCGUUAGCACCAGACUUACAGAUUCUCCUAUAAUUACCACUUUAUCAUCCUCAUCCAUUCAGUUAUCAAGUUCAUCUCUAGAAACAACAGUUAUCAACAGACUUAAAGAUUCUGUAUCAACUACUAUUUUACAAUCCUCAUCUGUUCAACUAUCAAGUAUGUCCUCACAACCAAGCGUUAUCAACAGCCGUGCAGAUUCUGUAUCAACUACUAUCUUACCAUCGUUAUCCGUUAAACCUUCAAGUUUGUCCUUUAAGUCAAGCACUAGCAACAGACCUACAGACUACUCCUUGUCUACCAUAAUUUUACCAUUCUCAUCUCUACAGUCUUUAAGUUUGUCCACAGAAUCAAGCGUUAUCCACAGACUUACAGAUUCUGUAUCAACUUCUAUUUUACCAUCCUCAUCUGUUCAACUAUCAAGUUCGUCAUUAAAAUCAAGCGUUAUCAACGGACUUAGGGAUUUGGCAUCAACUACCAUUUUGCCAUCUUCAUCUGUUCAACAAUCAAGCUUGACCUCAAAAUCACGCGUCAACAACAGACUUACAGCUUCCUCGUCCACUACCAUUUUACCAUCCUCAUAUCUUCAGUCAUCAAGUCUGUCCUUAGAAUCAAGCGUUAUCACCAGAGUUACAGAUUCUGUGUCAACUACCACUUUGCUAUCCUCAUCUGUUCAACCAUCAAGCUUUAGCAACAGACUUACAGAUUCUCUGUCAUCUACAAUUUCAUUGUAUUCAUCUGUUCAACCAUCAAGUUUAUCGUCAGAAUUAAGCGUUACCAGCAGACUUAUAGAUUAUCUGUCAUCUACAAUUUUACUGUAUUCAUCUGUUCAACCAUCAAGUUUAUCCUCAAAAUCAAGCGUUAGCUAUAGACUUACAGAUUCUCUGUCAUCUACUCUUUCACUCUCCUCAUCUGUUAAACCUAUACGUUUAUCGUCAGAACCAAGCGUUACCAGCAGACCUACAGAUUCUCUGUCAUCUUCUAUUUUACUGUCCUCUUCUGCUCAACCAUUAAGUUCAUCGUCAGAAUCAAGCGUUACCAGCAGACUUACAGAUUCUCUGUCAUCUACAAUUUCACUGUAUUCAUCUGUUCAGCCAUCAAGUUUAUCGUCAGAAUCAAGCGUUACCAGCAGACUUACAGUUUCUCUGUCAUCUACUAUUUCAGUGACCUCAUCUGCUCAACCAUCAAGUUUAUCGUCAGAAUCAAAGGUUACCAGCAGACUUACAGAUUAUCUGUCAUCUACAAAUUCACUGUAUUCAUCUGUUCAGCCAUCAAGUUUAUCGUCAGAAUCAAGCGUUAGCAACAGACCUACAGAUUCCCUGUCAUCUACUAUUUCACUGUCCUCAUCUGCUCAACCAUCAAGUUUAUCGUCAGAAUCAAGCGUUACCAGCAGACCUACAAAUUCUUUGUCAUAUAAAAUUUCACUGUAUUCAUCUGUUCAGCCAUCAAGCUUAUCGUCAGAAUCAAGGGUUACCAUCAGACUUACAGACUCUCUGUCAUCUACAUAUUCACUGUAUUCAUCUGUUCAACCAUCAAGUUCGUCCUCGGAAUCAAGCUUUACCAGCAGACUUACAGAUUCUCUGUCAUCUACAAUUUCAUUGUCGUCAUCUGUUCAACCAUCAAUUUUAUCGUCAGAAUCUAGCGUUAGCACCAGACUUACAGAUUCUCCUAUAAUUACCACUUUAUCAUCCUCAUCCAUUCAGUUAUCAAGUUCAUCUCUAGAAACAACAGUUAUCAACAGACUUAAAGAUUCUGUAUCAACUACUAUUUUACAAUCCUCAUCUGUUCAACUAUCAAGUAUGUCCUCACAACCAAGCGUUAUCAACAGCCGUGCAGAUUCUGUAUCAACUACUAUCUUACCAUCGUUAUCCGUUAAACCUUCAAGUUUGUCCUUUAAGUCAAGCACUAGCAACAGACUUACAGACUACUCCUUGUCUACCAUAAUUUUACCAUUCUCAUCUCUACAGUCUUUAAGUUUGUCCACAGAAUCAAGCGUUAUCAACAGACUUACAGAUUCUGUAUCAACUUCCAUUUUACCAUCCUCAUCUGUUCAACUAUCAAGUUCGUCAUUAAAAUCAAGCGUUAUCAACGGACUUAGGGAUUUGGCAUCAACUACCAUUUUGCCAUCUUCAUCUGUUCAACAAUCAAGCUUGACCUCAAAAUCACGCGUCAACAACAAACUUAAAGAUUCCUCGUCCACUACCAUUUUACCAUCCUCAUAUCUUCAGUCAUCAAGUCUGUCCUUAGAAUCAAGCGUUGUCACCAGAGUUACAGAUUCUGUGUCAACUACCACUUUGCUAUCCUCAUCUGUUCAACAAUCAAGCUUUACCAGAGAAUCAAGCGUUAUCACCAGACUUACAGAUUCCUCUUCCUCUACCAUUUUACCAUUCUCAUCUCCUCAAUCAUCAAGUUUGUCCUCAGAAUCAAGCGUUAACAACAGACUUAAAGAUUCUGUGCUUACCUCGGUUUUAUCAUCCUUAUCUCUUCAGUCAUCAAGUUAUUAUUUAGAAUCAAGCGUUAGCAACACACUUACAGAUUCUGUGUCAACUACCACUUUGCUAUCCUCAUUUGUUCAACCAUCAAGCUUUACCAGAGAAUUAAGCGUUAUCACCAUACUUAGAGAUUCUGUGUCAACUACCACUUUGCUAUCCUCAUUUGUUCAACCAUCAAGCUUUACCAGAGAAUCAAGCGUUAUCACCAGACUUACAGAUUCUGUGUCAACUACCACUUUGCUAUCCUCAUCUGUUCAACCAUCAAGCUUUACCAGAGAAUCAAGCGUUAUCACCAGACUUACAGAUUCAUUGUCAACUACCAUUUUGCCACCCUCAUCUCUUCAACCAUUAAGCUUGACCUCAGUACCACAUGUCAUCAACAGACUUACACAUUCUUUGUCUACCUCGGUUUUACUAUCCUCAUCUGUUCAGUCGUCAAGUUUGUCCAUAGAGUCAAGCGUUAGCAACAAACUUUCGUAUUCUAUGUCAACUACCAUUUUGCCAUUCUCAUCUGUUCAAUCGUCAAGCUUGACCUCAGAAUCACGCGUCUACAACAGGCUAACAGAUUCCUCGUCCUCUACCAUUUUACCAUUCUCAUCUCCUCAGUCAUCAAGUUUGUCCUCAGAAUCAAGCGUUGACAACAGACUUAAAGAUUCUGUGCUUACUUCGGUUUUAUCAUCCUUAUUUCUUCAGUCAUCAAGUUAUUAUUUAGAAUCAAGCGUUAGCAACACACUUACAGAUUCUGUGUCAACUACCAUUUUACCAUCCUUAUCCGUUAAACCUUCAAGAUUGAUCUCAAAAUCAAGCGUUAGCAACAGACUUACAGAUUUAUCGUCAACUACCAUUUUACUAUUCUCAUCUGUUCAACCAUCAAGCUUUACCAGAGAAUCAAGCGUUAUCACCAGACUUAAAGAUUCCUUGCCAACUACCAUUUUGCCACCCUCAUCUCUUCAACCAUUAACCUUGACCUCAGUACCACAUGUCAUCAACAGACUUACACAUUCUUUGUCUACCUCGGUUUUACUAUCCUCAUCUGUUCAGUCGUCAAGUUUGUCCAUAGAGUCAAGCGUUAGCAACAAACUUUCGUAUUCUAUGUCAACUACCAUUUUGCCAUUCUCAUCUGUUCAACCGUCAAGCCAGUCUUUAGAAUCAAGUGUUAUCAACAGACAUGCAGAUCCUUUGCCCACAUCGAUUUUACCAUCCUCAUCUGUCCAACCAUCAAGCUUGUCCUUAGAAUCCAGUGUCAUCAAUAAGCUUACAGAUUCUUUAUCUACCUCGGUUUUACUAUCCUCAACUGUUCAGUCGUCAAGUUUGUCCAUAGAAUCAAGCGUUAGCAAAAGACUUACGGAUUCAUUGUCAACUACCAUUUUGCCAUCCUCAUCUGUUCAACAAUCAAGCUUGACCUCAGAAUCACGCGUCUACAACAGGCUAACAGAUUCUUCGUCUUCUACCAUUUUACCAUUCUCAUCUCCUCAGUCAUCAAGUUUAUCCUCAGAAUCAAGCGUUAGCAACAGACUUGCAGAUUCUCUGUCAUCUACAUAUUCACUGUAUUCAUCUGUUCAACAAUCAAGUUUAUCGUCAGAAUCAAGCGUUACCAGCAGACCUACAGAUUCCCUGUCAUAUACAAUUUCACUGUAUUCAUCUGUUCAGCCAUCAAGUUUAUCGUCAGAAUCAAGCGUUAGCACCAGACUUACAGAUUCUCCUAAAAUUACCACUUUAUCAUCCUCAUCCAUUCAGUUAUCAAGUUCAUCUUUAGAAACAACAGUUAUCAACAGACUUAAAGAUUCUGUGUCAACUACCAUUUUACAAUCCUCAUCUGUUCAACUAUCAAGUAUGUCCUCACAACCAAGCGCUAUCAACAGCCGUACAGAUUCUGUAUCGUUAUCCGUUAAACCUUUAAGUUUGUCCUUGAAGUCAAGCACUAGCAACAGACUUACAGACUACUCCUUGUCUACCAUAAUUUUACCAUUCUCAUCUCUACAGUCUUUAACUUUGUCCACAGAAUCAAGCGGUAUCACCAGACGUACAGAUUCUGUGUCAACUACCACUUUGCUAUCCUCAUUUGUUCAACCAUCAAGCUUUACCAGAGAAUCAAGCGUUAUCACCAGACUUAGAGAUUCUGUGUCAACUACCACUUUGCUAUCCUCAUUUGUUCAACCAUCAAGCUUUACCAGAGAAUCAAGCGUUAUCACCAGACUUACAGAUUCUGUGUCAACUACCACUUUGCUAUCCUCAUCUGUUCAACCAUCAAGCUUUACCAGAGAAUCAAGCGUUAUCACCAGACUUACAGAUUCAUUGUCAACUAACAUUUUGCCACCCUCAUCUCUUCAACCAUUAAGCUUGACCUCAGUACCACAUGUCAUCGACAGACUUACACAUUCUUUGUCUACCUCGGUUUUACUAUCCUCAUCUGUUCAGUCGUCAAGUUUGUCCAUAGAGUCAAGCGUUAGCAACAAACUUUCGUAUUCUAUGUCAACUACCAUUUUGCCAUUCUCAUCUGUUCAAUCGUCAAGCCAGUCCUUAGAAUCAAGUGUUAUCAAUAGACAUACAGAUCCUUUGCCCACAUCGAUUUUACCAUCCUCAUCUGUCCAACCAUCAAGUUUGUCCUUAGAAUCCAGUGACAUCAAUAGACUUGCAGAUUCUUUGUCUACCUUGGUUUUACUAUCCUCAUCUGUUCAGUCGUCAAGUUUGUCCAUAGAAUCAAGCGUUAGCAAAAGACUUACGGAUUCAUUGUCAACAACCAUUUUGCCAUCCUUAUCUGUUCAACAAUCAAACUUGACCUCAGAAUCACGCGUCUACAACAGGCUAACAGAUUCCUCGUCCUCUACCAUUUUACCAUUCUCAUCUCCUCAGUCAUCAAGUUUGUCCUCAGAAUCAAGCGUUAACAACAGAAUUAAAGAUUCUGUGAUUACCUCGGUUUUAUCAUCCUUAUCUCUUCAGUCAUCAAGUUAUUAUUUAGAAUCAAGCGUUAGCAACACACUUACAGAUUCUGUGUCAACUACCAUUUUACCAUCCUUAUCCGUUAAACCUUCAAGAUUGAUCUCAAAAUCAAGCGUUAGCAACAGACUUACAGAUUUAUCGUCAACUACCAUUUUGCUAUUCUCAUCUGUUAAACCAUCACGCCUGUCCUUAGAAUCAAGUGUUAUCAACAGACAUACAGUUUCUUUGUUCACUACGAUUUUACCAUCCUCAUCUGUUCAGCCAUCAAGCCUGUCUUUAGAAUACAGCGUCAUCAACAGACUUACAGAUUCUUUGUCUACCUCGCUUUUACUAUUCUCAUCUGUUCUGUCGUCAAGUUUGUCCAUAGAAUCAAGCGUUAGCAGCACACUUACUGAUUCUGUGUCAACUACCAUUUUACCAUCCUCAUCUCUUCAGUCAUUAAGUCUGUCCUUAGAAUCAAGCGUUAUCACCAGACUUACAGAUUCUAUGUCAACUACCAUUUUGAUAUUCUCUUCUCUUCAACCAUCAAGCUUUACCAGAGAAUCAAGCGUUAUCACCAGACUUACAGACUCACUGUCAAAAACCAUUUUGCCACCCUCAUCUCUUCAACCAUCAAGUUUGACCACAGUACCACACGUCAUUAACAGACUUACAGAUUCUUUGUCUACCUCGGGUUUACUAUCCUUAUCUGUUCAGUCGUCAAGUUUGUCGAUAGAAUCAAGCGUCAGGAAAAGACUUUCAGAUUCUGUGUCAACUAACAUUUUGCUAUCCUCAUCUGUUCAAACAUCAAGCCUGUCCUUAGAAUCAAGCGUUAUCAACAGACAUACAGAUCCUUUGCCCACAUCGAUUUUACCAUCCUCGUCUGUUCAACCAUCAAGCCUGUCCUUAGAAUCAAGUGUUAUCAACAGACAUACAGUUUCUUUGUCCACCUCAAUUUCACCAUCCUCAUCUGUUCAACCAUCAAGCCUGUCCUUAGAAUCAAGCGUCAUCAGCAGACUUACCGAUUCUUUGUCUACCUCGCUUUUACUAUCCUCAUCUGUUCAGUCGUCAAGUUUGUCCAUAGAAUCAAGCGUUAGCAACAAACUUACUGAUUCUGUGUCAACUACCAUUUCGCCAUCCUCAUCUGUUCAACCAUUAAGCCUGUCCUUAGAAUCAAGCGUUAUCAACAGACUUACAGAUUCUCUGUCAGCUACCAAUGUGCCGCGUUCAUUGGUACAAUCAAGUCAGUUUUCGGAUUCAAGUAUUGGUGAGAGGACUACAGUUUCUUCAUCUACAGCUGGCAGCGUAUCAAUGCGCAAUGUAACAUUUUCGUCGGUGAAUCGAAUCAAACCGUCAGGUUUUUCCUCACAACAAAGUCUCCGUGUCAGAACAACAGCUGCUAUAUCAUUGUUUACUGAUUCUAUGUCUACAAUCAUUAUUCAACCAUCAUCGUCGGUAAAUUUAUCACAAACUAGUUUUUCUUCAACGUAUGAUUUGAACGCAUCAACUAGCUCCAUUGCAGUGGAAAUUCCUACUGCUACUUUUGAUAUUUCUGUUACAGUUAGCGACAGAGUGUUUAACAGUAGUUUAAAUGAUUCUACAAGCAUUUAUUUUAGGAGUUUGAAGAAAGAAUUUAUCGAUUUCUUACUUCCCUUCUACGAAAAUCUACCAGGUUUUAUCUCCUUACGGCUAAGGAGAUUUUUAAAUGGAAGUGUAAUCGCAGAUAUGGAAGCAUUAUUCAGUUCGACAAUUGUUACUCGGAAUGAGAUUAUACAACCGAUUUUAGAAGCCCAGAGCAACAGAUCGAAUGCACCGUUUACUAUACAGAAUGUGACCAUAAAUGGACGUAUUGUCAAUGUGAUUACAACUUCUUCAUCAUCAUUGGUCACAUCUUCAUCAGUAAAUUUAUCAAUAAGUAGUUUCUCUUCAACGACAAAUUUCAACAUAACAAGUUCCAACAGAGAUGAUGAUGAUUUUGACAUGUGGCUUAUUAUUUUGAUAGUUUGCUUAUCUAUGGCAUUUAUAAUUUUUGUUUUUGCAGUUAUCACGGUAAUUGUGAGCAGACGAAAAUCACAGUCUAAUUAUUACGACACUUCAAGGACUCAUUACGAUUUCUCAAUAGACUAUGAUGUAAUCACUAACGUUGAUCAUGGCCCUUCUGUCCGAGCUGUGAGCAAUGAAAGAUAUGAAAUGCAAGAAAGGCGCUACAGGUGACACGAAGAUGUUACAAAAGUGAAAGAUCGCUCUUGCAAUCAUAGUUAGCCACAUACUUUCGUUGGCACUUCAUGGCCAUAAAUUACCUUUUGUACUGUGUUUGAUAUGUUAAAUUAAAAUCAUUACAGCAAUAUUUUUGCACAAAAUAAAUAUUUAUAAUUUUUUAUUUCCAAUUUGCGAUCAUGAUGGACUGAUUAAGAUUGUUGUCAAAUAAAUACAACGAUGUUUGCACAAAACAAAUAAAACAGGUUUUCCCAACACAA